AUGUAUGCAUCUCCAGGAGGGAGAUUCAAGACGGCUCUCGUAGUUGGGGCCGGUGUUCUGUCCAGAUAUGUGGACUGGACAGAUGGGAAGACGUGUAUUUUUUUUUGGCAAUGUGGCUGGAGCUGCGGUACUCAAGUUCCUGCAAUUGGUUUAGAUUCCCACUCUGGGAAAGGGCAAUCCAGCGUGGCGAAGGGAGUGAUCGCAGUUCUCCAAGAGACCAUCUUCCAACUCCUCUCCAAGUUUCCGAUAAUCAGCAAAAGCACUGGAGCUCUCGAUCGCCCCGUGAAGGAAGCACUACGGUUGUCUGGCCGCUGGACCAAUCGAUCGAUCGAUCCUUUGGAUCUGGGAACGAGCCACAGGGAUGCGCGCCUAGUGUUCCCUUUUGCGAGCAGUAUUCAGGUAAGCAACCUUUAA